GGAGGCGGGCCCUGCGGCAAGCCUGGCAGAGGCGCGAGGCCCUUCGCCCGCCUCUCCGCCUACUCCAGCCUCCGCCGCCUCAGCUUCCCGAGCGAGCCCUACGGCCGCCGGAGCAGCUCCCGCGGCGGAGCAGGAGCCGGAUGGUCAGAGGAGCCCGGCAGCCCCAGCAGCCGCGGAGUCGCCUGGCCCCAAGACUGACUGGCACAGUGGAGAAACCGCCUCGAAAACGGAAAAGCAGGACUGAAUUUGCUCUUAAAGAAAUCAUGUCCUCUGGAGGUGCUGAAGAUGACAUCCCACAGGGAGAGAGGAAAACAGUUACAGAUUUUUGUUACCUUCUGGAUAAAUCUAAGCAACUGUUCAACGGGUUAAGAGAUUUGCCACAAUAUGGGCAGAAGCAGUGGCAGUCUUAUUUUGGAAGAACUUUUGAUGUUUACACCAAACUCUGGAAGUUCCAGCAGCAGCACCGACAAGUCUUGGAUAAUCGGUAUGGCUUGAAGCGGUGGCAAAUAGGGGAAAUUGCUUCUAAGAUUGGGCAGCUAUACUACCAUUAUUACCUGCGCACAUCUGAGACCAGCUAUCUGAAUGAAGCUUUCUCCUUCUAUUCUGCAAUCAGACAAAGAUCAUAUUAUUCUCAAGUCAAUAAAGAGGACAGACCUGAGUUGGUAGUUAAGAAGCUACGAUACUAUGCAAGAUUUAUAGUAGUUUGUCUUCUUCUCAACAAAAUGGAUGUUGUAAAGGAUCUGGUGAAGGAACUCUCGGAUGAAAUUGAAGAUUACACUCACCGCUUUAAUACUGAAGAUCAAGUGGAAUGGAACCUGGUGCUUCAAGAAGUAGCAGCUUUCAUUGAGGCAGACCCUGUGAUGGUAUUAAAUGAUGAUAAUACCAUUGUUAUCACGUCUAAUCGUCUUGCUGAAACAGGAGCCCCAUUGCUGGAACAGGGCAUGAUUGUGGGACAGUUGUCUCUGGCUGAUGCACUCAUUAUUGGUAAUUGUAGUAACCAGGUUAAGUUCAGUGAACUAACUGUUGACAUGUUCCGGAUGUUACAAGCCCUGGAAAGGGAGCCAAUGAAUUUAGCUUCCCAGAUGAAUAAACCAGGAAUGCAGGAAUCAGCUGACAAGCCUACCAGGCGAGAAAACCCCCACAAGUACCUGCUCUACAAACCAACAUUCAGCCAACUAUACACAUUCUUAGCAGCAUCUUUUAAGGAGCUGCCUGCCAAUAGUGUGCUUCUGAUUUACCUGUCAGCCACUGGCGUUUUCCCCACAGGUCGUUCUGAUAGUGAAGGUCCUUAUGAUUUUGGAGGGGUACUUACUAAUAGUAACCGGGAUAUUAUAAAUGGAGAUGCCAUCCACAAACGAAAUCAAUCCCACAAGGAAAUGCACUGCCUUCAUCCUGGAGAUCUCUAUCCUUUCACAAGGAAGCCCCUGUUCAUCAUUGUGGAUUCAUCCAAUAGUGUUGCGUAUAAGAAUUUCACAAACUUAUUUGGACAGCCACUAGUCUGCUUGCUUUCUCCUACAGCAUAUCCAAAAGCUUUACAAGAUCAAUCUCAACGAGGUAGCCUCUUCACUCUCUUUUUGAACAAUCCUCUAAUGGCCUUCCUAUUUGUCUCUGGAUUGUCAAGCAUGCGUAGAGGCCUAUGGGAAAAGUGUCAAGAAUAUCUUCGAAAAAUCAACCGCGAUAUUGCCCAGCUACUGACCCAUUCACGUUCAAUAGAUCAGGCAUUUCUCCAGUUUUUUGGAGAUGAAUUCCUUCGCUUGCUUCUCACAAGAUUUAUCUUUUGUUCAGCCACCAUGAGGAUGCACAAGAUUUUUCGGGAAACACGAAAUUAUCCAGAAUCAUAUCCACAACUGCCAAGGGAUGAAACAGUGGAGAACCCUCACCUCCAGAAGCACAUUUUGGAAUUAGCAUCCAUUCUGGAUGUGCGAAACGUGUUCCUUGAGAAUACCAUAGAUGACUAUUAAAACAAAAAUCCUCUGUUGAAACAAGUUUUCAUUUGCCACAGAUUUUAAAUGGUGCAGUUUUCUAAUGUGAUGACAGACACACAGUGGUGUUAUUUAGUUUUUAUUUUUCAAUUUAGGACCACCAUUUUAAAAACAAGCUGAAAAAAAUUGUUCAAACUUUUAGGGUAACUGUUUUAAAAUACAAUGUUUCAGGUCUUUUAAAAACUCAAUCUUGGAAUUUUUAUUUUUUGGUUUUGAGGUAUGGAUACUUACCUCUAACAUCUGAUCCUACACUCAUAUAGUCACUAUUCUCACCCUGAGAAGAGUAAAUCAUUUAUUUUUGUAUAAUGAGGAAAACCCAACUCUUAUACUUGGACCUUAAAUGUGUGGAUUUGGAAAACAUGUAAUUGUUCACAAAUGUGAAACUAGCCAGCAUGGACUACUAAGAAUCAAGAACAGAGCCCUUCCAUAAUAUUUCUUUUCAUUCCAAGUUAGUAGAUAGAAAAAUGUGUGAUUCUUUGAUGCCUAAUCAAGAUAGUUCUUUUUUUUUGGUUUUUUUUUUUCUUUUUUCGGUAUGAGGCCCUCUCACUGCUGUGGCCUCUCCCGUUGCGGAGCACAGGCUCUGGA